AUGUUGCAUGAAAAGGCCGAGGAGGAGGAUUGGACACGUUCCAUGGCAUCAUGGGUAGAUGAUAAUUGGUGGAAAUUUUUGUUGGAUCAGAUGGAGAGACAAGAGCAAGAAGUUGUGCGAUAUAAAGGACAAACGCAACUGGAUGCAGAUAUUCUGCAAAGGCAUUAUCGAGCCUCAUACUACCAGAUUAAUGUGCCAUCCUCCGGUUUAAAGUCUUCGCACAGCCCUUGUCAGACCCUGCAUCAUCCCCAGCCACUGAACGAUCCGCCUCCCCCCAAACCACUAACCCUCCUCACAAAAUUUCCUGUGUCCUAUCUACUUCUAGCCCCAGUACUUUCCACGAUCUCUGGCCGCAAUAACACAACGAAACCUCACACGGCUACACUUGCUCGUUCCUGCUUCCUGUCCAUCUCUCUCAAGCAAGAAUGA